CCAUUUUUUAUUUUUGAAAAUAUGUUGGCAAUACUGUGUCAAUUCAAUUGUUCUGUCACUAAUGUCGCUGUCACCUGUCAGUCCUGUAACCUCUCAAACUCAAAAAUUACUUUUCAUACAUCCUGCUCGAAUUCGUCAAAUUGUCUCUAGAUAUUUGAACCCUAAACAGUGUAAUAAACAAACACAAAAUGGCGUCACAAGUUAGUAAAAACCUCUUACAAAAAUCCCGAUUAUGGAGCGUUAUAUCCACCAAUUCCGCCAACUCGGUGAAAGAAAAGUGGCCAACAAAACGGUACUUCUCCAAUAGUAAUUCCAACAGCGAUAAAUCGGGAAUUACAGAUCUCAAAAACAUCAAAGUUACGAAUAUGCCACCAAUGAACGAACCAGUUAAAAACUUGCCUGCUGCGAUAUACACGAAUUUCAAAGAAGAAGACCAAAAGACCCAAAUUACGAUACUCUCCGAUGGUCUAACUGUUGCCUCGGAGAAUAGAUUCGGCGCCUUUUGCACUGUGGGGGUCGUAAUAGACUCCGGGUCGAGAUACGAAGUGGCCUAUCCCAGUGGAAUAGCACAUUUUUUAGAGAAACUUGCCUUUCAUUCAACCAAAAGCUACCCCGAUAAAGAUGAGAUGAUAAACAAAUUGGAACAGCACGGCGGUAUUUGCGAUAGCCAGGCUUCCAGGGACACCUUCAUUUACGCUGCAUCUGCAUAUACAUCAGGUCUAAACGACGUGAUCGAGAUACUAUCGGAAGCUACGGUGCGUCCCCGUAUAACCGAAGACGAAGUCAACCUGGCUCGACAAGCCGUACGUUUCGAACUGGAAACCCUCAACAUGCGCCCUGAACAAGAAACAAUCCUCACCGAUAUGAUUCAUGCCGCAGCUUACAACGACAACACCCUCGGCCUGCCCAAGCUGUGUCCCGCAGACAACGUCCACAAAAUCGAUCGCAAAAUCCUCCUCAAAUACCUCAGCAACCACUACACUCCGAAGAGAAUCGUUGUGGCCGGCGUAGGAGUCGAUCAUUCCGAGCUGGUGGAGCACGUGCAACGGCACUUCGUAGACACCCGGCCCAUAUGGGACGAUAAUAACAACAACGCCAACAAAUGCGACGACAGCAUAGCUCAGUACACGGGAGGCUUCGUGCAAGAGGAGUGCGAAAUACCCCAAUUCGCCUCGGCCGGUCUACCCGUACUAUCACACGUAGUCAUAGGAUUAGAGAGCUGUUCGCAUCGAGACACUGACUUUAUCGCCAUGUGCGUGUUGAACAUAAUGAUGGGCGGCGGCGGUUCCUUCAGCGCCGGCGGUCCCGGUAAAGGAAUGUACACCAGAUUGUACGUGAACGUUUUGAACCGAUACCACUGGAUGUACAGCGCUACGGCUUGCAAUCACGCCUACAGCGACACGGGGCUGUUUUGCAUCCACGCCAGCGCGCCCCCGAAUCACCUCAAAGAUAUGGUGGAGGUGAUUGUUCGAGAGAUGUCAUCGAUGCCCAACAACAUCACCGAUGACGAGCUGGCCAGGGCUAAAACGCAGUUGCAGUCUAUGUUGCUGAUGAAUUUGGAAUCCAGGCCGGUGAUGUUCGAAGAUAUCGGCAGGCAAGUGCUGGCUUCGGGGAUGAGGAAACGACCCAAGUACUUCAUUGAUGAGAUCGAUAAGGUCAGUAGGGACGAUGUGGUAAGGGUGGCUAAAAGGUUGCUGAAGUCGCAGCCUUCGGUGGCUGCUAGAGGAGAUUUGAGGAAGAUGCCCACAUUGGAGUGGAUUCAAUCCGGGUUGAAUGGGUCGGGAAGGGUGGAUGGCGUUAGAAAAUUGUCGUUGUUUAGGUAGGCUCUCGAGGGGAAUUCGGUGUUGCUUUCGAGUAUUGUGGAAAUUAUGGUACUUUAAAUGUGUUGCAUAGCGAAGAAAUCGGGGUGAAAGGGAGAGCGUGAAGAUCGUAAUAAAAGAAAUAGACUUUUCAUCUUCAUAGGAUGAUACACAUACAGUAACUUGUUUAUAAAAAAAUUACUGCAAAAAUUGUUUGUGUAUUAUUUUUCCCGUGAGUCAAACAUUGAAAUGAUUGUAUGAAACUGUUAUAGAUUUUUUUUCAAUUUUGUGUUUGUAGAAAAAU